UUAACUUUAACGGGAGCGCAAUAUAAUAGACCGACAAACAAUUCUCCAUCUAUAAAAAGGACAAUGACUAACUUGGUUUAGAAUGAAGUUCUUUCCCAGCUGCCAUCUUCCCGGUUGAGAUUUAUUAUAUCAUCAAACCAAAAAAAAAAAAUAAAAGAAGAAAAGAAAAAAAGAAGAAAGAAUGGCAAGUAGCAGUGAUCAAUCACGCUAUGGCUGUAGCAUAUUGCUUCUUGAUAUCACGACCCUCACCAGAGCCCAGAAAAGAUGGCGCGUGGCAUACUUAAAAAUUUAUGCUACCCGACUAUUCAUGCUAUCAUCGCUUCCCAAAGAGAUUAUAUCAGUUUCACCCAAGAAUAUCACCAAGAUUUUGAGCUCUCAGCCUCCUCCUCAUUCCCCUCAGCCUUUCACCGCCCUCAACGUUAAACCAGACACCACUUUAACCAACGAUGAUCAAGAAGAUGGUGGUACUGGUUCUAUUCUAAAGAAGGUUGACCAUGAAGGACUCGUAGAAAUGGUGAAAGGCAAGAACUUGGAAACUCUACGUGGACUGGGUGGAGUAGGAAGCAUUGCCACCAGCCUCUCUAUCGAUCCCGAGAACGGAGUUCCCGAUGAUGGUCACGAAGUUAUCAAACGGCGCCAGAUUUUCGGACCAAAUAGUUACACAAAGCCUCCGCCGAAGAAUUUUUUUUACUUCGUCGCAGACGCUUUUAAAGACAUCACUAUUGUAAUCCUACUUGCCUGUGCUGCGCUUGCUCUUGGUUUUGGAAUCAAAGAGCAUGGCGCAGAGGAAGGUUGGUAUGAAGGAGGGAGUAUUUUCGUAGCUGUGUUUCUUGUCGUCGUUGGUUCGGCUUCCAGUAAUUACAGACAGGAAACCCAGUUCCAUAAGUUGUCCAAAAUAAGUGACAACAUCAAGAUUGAUGUAGUCAGAGGAGGAAGAAGGCAAGAAAUCUCCAUCUUUGAUAUUGUAGUUGGAGAUGUUGUGCUGCUUAAUAUAGGUGAUCAAAUUCCAGCUGAUGGUCUGUUCUUAUACGGACAUUCUUUGAUGGUAGACGAAUCCAGCAUGACAGGGGAGAGUGAUCAUGUGGACAUAGACACCGUCGACAAUCCUUUCUUGAGCUCGGGAUCAAAGGUGGUGGAUGGCUCUGCAAGAAUGCUGGUGACCUCCGUUGGGAUCAACACGGCUUGGGGAGCUAUGAUGAGCUCCAUAACUCGGGAUUCGAACGAACGAACACCAUUACAAGCUCGCCUCGACAAACUUACAACUUCCAUCGGAAAGGUUGGCCUUACAGUCGCUUCUUUAGUCCUUGUAGUUUUGUUAAUUCGUUAUUUCACGGGGAAUACGGAAGAUGAGAAUGGGUAUAGGGAGUAUAACGGUAGCAAAACAGAUACAGAUGAUAUUUUGAAUGCUGUAGUGAAAAUUGUCGCUGCUGCAGUGACUAUUGUUGUGGUGGCAAUACCUGAAGGUUUGCCACUUGCUGUCACUUUAACACUUGCUUAUUCUAUGAAAAGAAUGAUGGCUGAUCAGGCAAUGGUCAGGAAACUAUCUGCUUGUGAAACUAUGGGGUCUGCAACUAUAAUCUGUACUGAUAAAACUGGAACCUUGACAUUGAAUCAAAUGAAAGUGACUAAGUUUUGGCUUGGCCAAGAACCCAUACCCAUUGAGGAAAAUUCACCUACAAAUACAAUUUCACCUGUUGUUCGUGAAUUGUUCUAUCAAGGGGUUGGUUUGAAUACAACUGGUAGCGUCUAUAAUCCCGUAUCUGGUUCUGAACCUGAAUUUUCUGGCAGUCCAACUGAAAAAGCACUUCUCUCUUGGGCUGUUUUGGAUCUGGGGAUGGAAAUGGAUAAGCUAAAUCAAAAUUAUGUUGUUAUGCAUGUUGAAACAUUUAACUCGGAGAAGAAAAGAAGUGGGGUCUUAUUAAGGAAAAAAAUGGACAACACCAUUUAUGUUCACUGGAAAGGAGCUGCUGAGAUGGUUGUAGCAAUGUGCUCUAGGUAUCGUGAGAGUAGUGGAGCUGAAAAGUCCUUAGACGACGAUGUAAAAAGUAAUCUUGAGAAUAUCAUCCAGGGCAUGGCAGCUAGCAGUCUCCGAUGCAUUGCCUUUGCCUAUGUCCAAAUUUCUGAACAAGAAAUGGAGUACAAUGAAGAUGGAAAGACUCAUAGAAGGCUCAAAGAAGACGGCUUGACCUUGCUAGGAAUAGUUGGUCUUAAGGAUCCUUGUCGUCCGCACGUCAAGAAAGCCGUAGAAGUUUGCAAAUUUGCUGGGGUGGAAAUCAAAAUGAUCACCGGAGAUAACGUUUUCACUGCAAAAGCCAUAGCAACAGAAUGUGGAAUACUAGGGACUAAUACGCAAGUAAACGAUGGAGAAGUAGUAGAAGGUGUUGAAUUCAGAAACUGCACGCACGAAGAGAGAAUGCAGAAGGUGGAUAACAUCCGUGUAAUGGCAAGAUCCUCUCCAUUCGACAAGCUUUUGAUGGUACAGUGCUUGAAACAGAAGGGACAUGUGGUUGCAGUCACCGGAGAUGGAACCAACGAUGCGCCUGCUCUGAAAGAAGCUGAUAUAGGACUUUCCAUGGGGAUCCAAGGCACUGAAGUGGCCAAGGAAAGCUCAGAUAUCGUAAUCUUGGACGAUAACUUCAGUUCUGUGGCCACGGUUUUGAGGUGGGGAAGAUGUGUCUACAAUAACAUACAGAAAUUCAUUCAAUUUCAACUCACUGUGAAUGUUGCAGCUCUUGUCAUCAACUUCGUUGCUGCAGUUUCAGCCGGUGAGGUUCCCUUAACAGCAGUUCAGUUGCUAUGGGUGAAUCUCAUUAUGGACACUCUGGGUGCUCUGGCCUUGGCCACAGAGCGUCCGAGUGACGAGCUCAUGAAGCGGCCUCCAGUGGGAAGAACCGAGCCCUUAAUAACAAAUAUCAUGUGGAGGAAUCUUUUAUUUCAAUCUCUAUAUCAAAUAGCCAUCCUCUUGACAUUGCAGUUCGGAGGUGAAUCCAUCUUCAAUGUCUCCAAGGCAGUUAAUGACACCCUGAUUUUCAAUACUUUUGUGUUCUGCCAAGUUUUCAACGAGUUCAAUUCAAGGAGUAUGGAGAAGAUGAAUGUGUUCAAAGGGAUCCAUAGGAACAGACUGUUUAUAGGAAUCGUGGCGAUAACCAUUGUUCUGCAAGUUGUGAUGGUGGAGUUCCUCAAGAAGUUUGCUGAUACAACGAAUCUGAACUGGUGGCAGUGGCUAUUCUGCAUUGCUAUGGGGUCUGUGUCUUGGCCUAUUGCUUGGGUUGUGAAGUCCAUUCCUGUAAUUGAAGAACCAUUCAUCAGCUUAAUCAAGAGAAAAUUCAGGUCUGUAUUCCUAUAAAACUCUUCCAAUUCAUACUUAGAAAUUGGAUAUGGGAAACAGUGGGGUCUUCGAAAAGGUUAUGCCCCAAUAAACUUUUGGGCAAAAUUAGGUCCUUUAGGGUGUGUUUGGUAAGGGGAUUGGCCAGUAUUGAAAGGGACUGUAUCCCAGUCUGAUGUUCGGUUUUACAAUUUGAAAUCGGGACAACUUAUAUUAAACAGUGUUUUAAUCCCAAUCAAUUGGGACUAUCUGGCCCGUCUCAUCCCCUGCGUCAUGGGCUGAGAUGGACACCGCCAAUUGCUGCCAUAUCAGUUUGGAUAUCCAUGGAACCAACAAAGUGCUACACGAGAACAGCUUGAGCAGUAAAAGAACCUUAUCAUUAUGCUGCAUACAUACUAACUCAAUGUGUUGUGUGUGAGAGAGAAAAGUAUUCUUUUGGGGGUGGUGAAUAGGUUUUUGGCUAACUCUUGGUUUGGACUCUGUUUUGAAAUUGGACAGGGCUUCCUCUAUUAAAUCUGUAGUCGUAUCAAAUAGGAAUAGGAAAAUUUGUUUUCUUUUGCAGAUUAUCAUGCGUUUUGUUUAGAGACUAAUAUUAUUUCCCUGUAUGUAUCUAUUAUUGUAUAUUCAUUUCACGUGGUGAAGUUGGCUUCAAAUUCUUUUU